ACAAGAAAGGGUUCAUUUAUCAUUAUUUUGUUGUUCAGGCCGAUAGAAUAUAUCAGUGUACAAUGAUAUAUGUGGACAUUUUAAGCAUAAUUAUUGUCCUUGGUUCAGUGGGCAAUAUAUUCUCAAUCGUGAUUUGGAAAUAUGGCAAAAGAAGCAAAACAACAAACUGUAAAACAUACAUGUGGAGUUUGGCUGUGAAUGAUUUAUUUAUUUUGUUAGUAAUUGGAACUGAGUAUGCCAUUUACGUAAAUGGUAUAGAGCUGCGGGUUAAACAUGAUAUUAUUUGUAAAUUUGUGUGUUUCUUUGGAAUGUUUUCACCACAAUUAUCAGCAUGGAUCACUGUUUUGAUUGCAAUGGAACGAAUGCUCUAUGUUAUUGCUCCACUUCAAAUGUUUCAGACCAAUGCUAAAAGACGUUCGAUAAUUGCUAUUGUGUCUAUCAUAUUGUUUUCGUUCAGUUUAAAUGUAAAUGUUCUGUUUACAGCAUCUGUUAACGUGUAUUCUGAAAAUUCAACAGUUUCAUCUUGUGUACUAAAUGCUAUGGAUGAUUAUACAUCAAAGAUAUUGAAUGCCGUAUCAUAUGGAAUAUUCACGUUUUUGCUACCUUUGUUAAUUAUAACUGUAAGUAACGUAAUCACAUUGGUAACAAUUUGUACGCGCAAGAAAAUAGCGCAAGGAGGGACCAGACAAGAAAGGAACAUCAGAAAUAUAACAAGGGUUGUGAUAUCUAUAAGUAUUAUGCAUUGCAUUUCAACGUUCCCAUACGCUACUUUCAUGUAUUCACAAUACAGUCUAUCGUUCGCGUCUUCGCAAUUUUAUCAAUUCAUCAUCACAAGCUACUUUUUAAAUAGUGGAAUAAAUUUCGUUCUAUACUGUUUGUUUGGAGAUUACUUUCGACAAGACCUAAAAGAAACUAUCAUGAGCUAGAGAAAAGUGGAUUUGGUAUCUGUGUUUGUAAUGUUAGAGUUAGCUCCCCUACCGUAGCAGACGAUAUGCUCUUAGUGUCUUAUUCUGUUAAUGGACUAAAUGGUAUGCUUGAUAUAUGUAGUGAAUACUCAAAGCGGUGGCGCUAUAGUUAUAAUGCAGAAUAAUGCGCUGUAAUGGUUUUUAAUGAACGUACAAAUAAUGAUCGUGACAGAGAAUUCUAUCUUGGUAAUACAAAAAUCUGUGAAACAUCGAACUAUGUACAUCUUGGUAUCAACUGUGAUCCGUUUCUGUCAACAAGAAAAAUGGUUGAGGACGCAUGUACUAAACUUAGAGGUACCUCCCUCAGUAUAAUUAAUAGUGGA